AUGCAAACCAACAGGAUAAGAUCUGGGUGUACGUCGUUCAGCGCGAUCCCUCCCAACCUCGUCCACGCUCAAUGUAAAAGCCAAAUAAACGAUGUAGACAAGGGAAAUACAACCAGGUCCACAAUUCGGCAUUUAAUAGUGAAUAGCUGCGUAAUUGAUCGGCCUGUUAUUGAAUUGUUCUUGGCGUAUCGUAAGCGAGGUUUACAAUUUCAGGCAGCUUCACCGUUCCUUCUUCUGCACCUACCAUUCUACGUCUCUAUACUUGGACCAUUAUUCGAAGCUCGGACGGGGGAAGCGUCAAACUAUUUCCCAUUUCUUUUUGCAUGGUGUCCAGCUAUUAAUCCAAUUUUAACGCUCUGUAUUGUUACUGACUUCAGACAAUUUGUUGUUUCAGUAUUAAAAAGAAAAUGGCUGAAAACCCCGUCAGCUACAGUUUUACGCUCAAACAUUCAUUUUGGAGCAGGUGCUAGAAGGAUUAUUAGUUAG